ACUGCGGACCGCGCAGGACCUCUGCACGCGCACAAUCAGAAAAGAAUUGAACGGACCCGAGCCCCAGGUGCAAGAGGCACGUGGCGACGCGCGUGUGAUGUGACAGACGCCCGAACACUCUGUAUACACGCGACGCUUUUGACCUUUUUUCCGUUGUUUUUUUUUCAAAAUCGCAAUAAUAAGCGGCGGCGCGACGCCCUCUGGUGGCUCUGCGUGCUGGUCAAUCAGUUCGGGCCCGGGCCCGAAAAUCGCGUGUGCUUUGGUGUGACAGUGUGUUUUCCUACGUUUCGUCGAGGCCCCUCGGAGCGGUUCAAAAGUGGCCCAAGCGGAAUAUCCCACUACGGGCAGAGCGUUCAUGGCUCAGCCAAGGUACGACGAUGGCAUCCACCCUGGGUACAUGGACGGAGCUACGGGGGGUUUAUACGAACCCCCGCAUCACAGGCCCAUUCCGGGAAUCCAUCAUUCGCCAAUCAUCAACCAUCCAAUGCACGGUUAUCAUAGCAAUCACGUCAACCCUGGAGCGAAUCAUGUUAUGGGCGGAUCUGUACCCGACGUAGGAAAAAGAGAUAAAGAUGCCAUUUAUGGACACCCUUUAUUUCCAUUAUUAGCGUUAAUUUUUGAAAAAUGUGAGUUGGCAACAUGUACACCAAGGGAGCCUGGAGUGGCGGGAGGAGAUGUGUGUUCGUCAGAGUCAUUCAACGAGGACAUUGCAGUGUUUUCGAAACAGAUACGACAAGAAAAACCUUACUACAUAGCAGAUCCAGAAGUAGAUUCAUUAAUGGUCCAGGCGAUCCAGGUGCUGCGGUUUCAUCUCCUCGAGCUUGAAAAGGUUCAUGAACUUUGUGACAAUUUCUGCCACCGAUACAUCAGCUGUCUAAAAGGAAAAAUGCCCAUAGACUUAGUGAUAGACGAAAGGGAUAGCGGAAAACCGCCCGAACUGACGGGGUCCACGAACGGCGACGGCGGCGCCAGAAGCAACGCGGACUCGGCGUCGCACACGGACGGCGCCAGCACGCCCGAUGUUAGGCCGCCAUCAUCGUCACUGUCGUACGGGGGGCCCGUGAACGACGACGUUCGAUCUCCAGGAACGCCAGGACCCCUUUCGCAGCCCCCCGCAUCCCAGCAAAGCAUCGACGGCUCGGAUCCAGAUGCCAUGGGGAAGUGGUGUCCUCGGAGGGAAUGGUCAUCACCUCCAGAUGCUAGAGUGACUGGCGAUACCAGGAGAGGGGUUUUGUAUUCAUCAGUGUUUCUAGGAAGUCCUGGUGACGCCAGUAACGCAAGCAUAGGGAGCGGUGAAGGUACGGGGGAAGAAGAUGACGACACGAACGGCAAGAAGAACCAAAAGAAACGGGGGAUAUUCCCGAAAGUUGCGACGAAUAUCCUUAGGGCGUGGCUGUUCCAACAUCUAACGCAUCCGUACCCGUCGGAGGACCAAAAGAAACAGCUCGCUCAGGACACCGGCCUGACGAUACUCCAAGUAAACAACUGGUUUAUAAAUGCGAGGCGGAGGAUAGUUCAACCAAUGAUUGAUCAGUCGAACAGAGCAGUGUUCACUCCGCACGCAGGUCCCAGUGGAGCCUACAGUCCAGAUGGAACGAUGGGAUACAUGAUGGACGGCCAACAGAUGAUGCACCGACCUCCAGGUGACCCAGCCUUUCACAAUCAGUACACGCACUAUCCUGAAUACUAUGGACAUCAUCUAUGAGGAUUCUUUAGCACGUCAAUGUCGGACAUUGAACUUUGCAACUCUUAAUUGUGAUUAAAAAUACCUGUACAAAGUGUAAAUGUAGUGAAAACCUUGCCCCUUCCACAGUGUUUUUUAUGUUCGUCGAUCGAGUGUGACCUAGCCUUUUUGGGUCUCCUGGAAGAAGGCAAAAAGGGUGCGUCCCGUCCGUGCGUCGAGACGGUCGGUGGUGCGAGGAAAAAGGACUAUUUAAAUAAAAGCAAAAACCCUCUGUACAAAAAAAGAAGAGUAAAAUAAAACGUAAAAAAUGAUUUAAAAAAAGUUUAAAAACGACGACGACGCCGUUUCGAAGUAAAUAAUUAAAAAAAAACUUUUUAAACGUGUAAAGUGCGCGAUGGCAUGAAUGAGAUUAACUUAAUUAGUUUUCGUCGUUCGCGAUUUUGUUGUUUCCGUGCGGGUGUACAUACUCUGGCUAAGUAAUAAUUAAAAAUGAAAAAAAUUAAUAGUUAACGGACUUUGGCCCCGGUGUGGUCAAAAAACGAACAAGGACUUUUUCUAAAUAAUUAAAAAAAUGAAAAAAGAAAUUGUGGUCCGCAGCACUUAGCGAUAAAAAUAGAAAAGGAGGACGUGGAUUGAACUUUAAAAUAAAAAUUAAUAAAGGGAACAGGAUUUUUUGAGUACAUCGCGUACAAGUUAAAACAAUAUUUCGAAGUAUGGUUGUGCUGUAUAAAAAAAUAUAGUUGUUAUCUGUUGUGAUUUUAUUUCGUUUUUUUUUAUUAUUAUUUUUUCUUUCAUUUUCGCACUUGAGUUUAACGGUUAUUUAACUAUGUCUCUCUAUCUCUUGUUUUUUUAUGUGUAUCGGGUUUGUAUUUUACUGAGAGGAAAAAAUGGAAAUUGUAUACUACUAUUUACUACUGUUAAAAAAAAAUAUUCUCCCCCUGCGAUUUAUACGCCCGACAUGUACGAUAUACGUAAAAUCUACUAGAUGUUAAAAGAAAAAAAUUAACUCGAGACGAAACAAAGUUAAAAAAGAAAAAAUAUCAAACGAAACACAAGUAUACAAGUAUACAGUGCGUUGCAUUAAGGGAAAACAAAAAAACUCAGGUGGACUUGGCUGAAACCACAUAAAUAUACCAUAGAAAUAUUAAAAAUAUUGUACACGAUAUUACUACUUAAAUAACUAAAAUUAAAUUUAUUUUUUCCUCUUAUUGAAAAGAAAAAAAUAAAUAAAUCAACAAAGAUCUGAUUUAACUAAAUAAAGGAAACAAGGUCAAUAACCACCUCGAUUUCGCAAUAAAAUGGUGUAUACGAAUUUUGGUGAUCAUUCUGUUAAUAUAUAAAUAUAUAUUAUAUAUAGAUAGUCAUUUAGAAAAAUUUAUAUAUAAUAACGGUGAUAGUUUUAUAAGAUGUUUUUGCAUAAUCGUGGUGGUUUGGACAUUUAAAAAUUUAAAGUAAAUAAAAAUCAGAUCAGCGACUUCGACGCUGUUAAAAAUCAAAACGUCAUUGCAUUCCUUUAUCACUUAAGUGCAAUCAAUUGUUUCGUGGUAGAACGAUAAAGGAAUCUAUGCCUUUUGCAACAUCGACGUCGCCAAAUUUAACAUCCUCCCUUUAACCCUCCCCCUCAUUAUCGGUCUUACUACAAGAAUUGUUGGCUGUUUUAAGUGAUUUCCAUCAUAAAUGAAUUGUUCGCCUUAUUCAAUGUAUACGAGAAUUAAAAUAAAUAAAAUAACACAAAGAAACACAAAAAAUAAUAAUAAAUAACGGAAAGACGAAGAAAAUUUUAAUAGAAAAGAGAGAUACCAAGAAAAAGGGGAUGCAUUUUCUUAUAACAAAAAUAUUUUCGAAAAUUUUUUCAUAAAAUAAUGAAAAUUUCGUUUAAAAUAUUAUUUAAAAAAAUAAGAAAAUGUAAAAAUAACAAAACAAUCCCCUUCAUACUUAAAAAAAUGGUGAUUCGGCAUUUAUUAUACGAAAGAAAAAAAUAAAAUAUACAAAUCGAGAAACAAAAAUUAAAAAAAAACAAUGGCAACUAGUGUAUACCAAAACAGAUGAUAAUAAAGAAAUAAAUUAAAUAAGUAAAAAGACACCGAGGCUAUUUGGUGUAUUUUUUUCCAUCGCAAGCGGUUUAAAAAAUAAUAGCGAAAGGAAGUGUUGAAGGAAAUGAAUGAAAAUCGGAAUGCAUGAAAUGUGUGGAUUAUUAAAAAAAAGAUAAUAAUAAGGUACGAGUGUGUGUGUAAUUGAGAAACAAUCAUUGUUGUGUAGAGUUUUUAAUAUUGUAUUAAUUAAUUUAAAACGAAAAAAAUAAAUAAAACCGAGAAUACCACGACACGAGGAGAAACAAUAUGAUUAAAAAAAAAACGUAAUCUUAUCAGUGUGUGAAAUUGGGCUAAGAAAUGGAAAAAAAUACCAGUACAAAUAUCUUAAUUGCCUAUAACUAUACAUACUUAUAAAUAUGUAAAUAUUAUACGUGAAGCAUGAUGCUAAUUAUACAAUAUUAUGUUGCAUAUUAAUGAUAACUUUUUUGUUGUGUACAUUUGCGAAAGUAAAUUUUUAUUUAAAAUAAAAGUGAAUAUAAAAAAUCAA